AUGAUUCGAUUUCAAUUAGUAGUAAUAUUCUUAACAAUAACAACUGGUCCUUUUGAUCUGUUCAAUCGAAUUUCAUUUGGAGUUCAUGCUCGAUUUUUCGAAUAUGAACUACCAAAUCGAACGAUCACAAUAUGUCCAAGUUAUUCCUUAAUCGCACUUGAAUGUCCACAAAUUCCGUCUCUAUUGGAUCAACAUUCAUGGCGACCGGCCACUCCGAAAUAUUUAAUCUCAAUUGAUUAUAUUCGUUCUUUUCCAUUGCGACUUGGUUUUGAUCCUCGAUCAUGUCAACCAGAUCUAGCUCACGCUUGUAAUAACUAUGAUCUACGUUAUAUCAACACAUUAUGUAAUGGAAAACCUCAAUGUUCGGACAUCUCUGCUUAUCAAAUACGUGAACGAAGUUUGUGUGCUUUUAAAGCUGUAACAGAAAUUGGCUUUCAUUGUGUUCCCACAUGGAAUUUACCUGAAAUUCAAACGAAAUGUGACAUAUGCCAAAAUACUUCUUUGACCAGUGAUUAUGGUUUUAUUUAUUCACGAAAUUAUCCACUGAAAACAACUCGUAUGUCUUGUUUUACGACGAUUUAUGCUCGUCCGAAUCAUAAAAUAGUUCUCUAUUUUGUCGAUGGAGAAUUAAAUCACGAUCAAUUGAGAAUUGAAAGUGUUACAGCGAAUGGAAUGUCGAUAUUAAAUGUGAGUUUAAAUGGAAAUUUAUCAACACAAAGAUUAGCAGCAUCGAUUUAUCAAAUGAAAAUAACAUUUCUUCCGAGUCAAGUUUAUUCUUAUCAUCCAACAUAUUAUUUACUUUACUUUUAUAUGAUACCAAUCUGUUCGAUUACUGAACCAUGUUUACCCUCUCCGCCUUCGAUUUUAACAACGCAACCUAUCUAUCCGAUUAGGACGACGAGUCGGACGAGAAUUCAAUCUGUUGGAUGGACAAAAAUACCAAACAUAUGGAUCGUUAUUCCAGUAAUACUUGCCUAUAUUUUACUUUUACUUCUUAUUGUUGUUCUCGCACUCUUACUACAGCGACGUCGUAAACAACAAAAGCCACCCAUUCCUUCACGAUAUUUAAACGCAAGCGGCACAUCAAGUCGAGCUCAUCUAGUAACUCCAUUACCACCAGUGCCACCGAAUCCAGGUAUUAACUAUGAUACUCGUUCAUCUCGUCGUCGUCAGGCAAGUGUCUCUCAAAGUAUCCAUCAUCCGUUUCCCGCAUCUUCAUUUAUCCAAAGUUCCGAUCAUUAUUAUCGUUCAAGUCGAAGCGAUUUUGAUCUUCAUCAAAACAAUCCCAAUGGUAUCGAUUAUCGUUUUCACUCAUCGAUACCUUCCCGUACUCGUCCUCGUACAUUGAAUGAUACCUAUCGUGGCUAUGAUACAGUUGAUCGUGAAUCAUACAAUCUCGAUCGGACUAAUUAUCGUCGUUCAAUUCCUAAAUCAUUUUCUGAUUGUGAUUUAUGCAAACGACGUGUUAUCGAUGAAGAAUAUCUCAAUAAAUAUGAUGAUAAUUGGCGCUUAGAAAACAGUUCCGAACGUCCCAAUGAACCGCGAACAUACCGAGACAAGAUCAAAGAACGUGUUCGUGAACGAUUAACCAUUCGACAACUUCCCGACACUGACACUCUUCCACCGUCGUCAACCACAGUUGAAUAUUCUACAGUUUUACCACGUCAUCAACGAAUCGCAAGUGAAUCCAACCAAUCUGUUCGACAUUUACCAUUCGAAUAUAUUCCAAACGAAAAGUCGACUUCUGAACGUUUAACAACAACAAAUAAUCCUCAUCCAACCGAAACUGGAUCAACCAUUUAUACAACGAAGUUUUACGAUCAGGAUAAUCUCGAACGACGUUUUCAAGAUCCACGAGAAAUUCAAGAGAUGUCGAUGAGAGUAAAUGAACAACAAAAUUACAACCAAUAUCCAUAUCAUCAUCAACAACAAAGAUAUUUUAAUGAAAAUACAAGUGAAAUUUGA